AUGAUAGAUGCGGCUUUCAAAGAAGAAUUGGCCCGGCGGCGUGAACGGGUUGAAGAUCUCUUCUAUUUUGAGGGGUCAAAGAUUGGCCGUGGAACCUACGGACAUGUCUACAAGGCAACGCCCAAGGCGCUCAACACUAGAUAUCCCAAUAAGGAAUAUGCUCUCAAGAUGAUUGACGGCAAUGGAUUCUCGACAAGCGCUUGCAGGGAGAUCGCUUUGCUUCGGGAACUAAAACACUCGAAUUUGAUCAACCUUCAACGUGUGUUCUUGACAAAUGAAAAGAAAGUCUGGCUACUGUUGGAUUAUGCGGAACAUGACCUAUGGCAUAUUAUUAAAUUUCACAGAAAUGCCAAGCUCAAGAAACAGCCGGUACUCGUGCCGAAGGGGAUGGUGAAGUCGAUAUUGUACCAGAUUCUGGACGGGAUUCACUUCUUACAUCAGAACUGGGUUUUGCAUCGAGACUUGAAGCCCGCAAAUAUUCUUGUGAUGGGCGAAGGGCCGGGCGUUCAACGUGGAAGGGUGAAGAUUGCGGAUAUGGGUUUCGCUCGUGUCUUCAGCAAUCCGCUCAAACCGAUGGCCGAGCUGGAUCCUGUUGUUGUCACCUUCUGGUAUCGCGCGCCUGAAUUGCUUCUUGGUGCUCGCCAUUACACAAAGGCUAUUGAUGUUUGGGCAAUUGGUUGUAUUUUCGCCGAGCUGUUGACUGCCGAGCCACUGUUUUUCUGCCGUGAAGAGGAUAUCAAGGCCCAAAGUCCCUACCAUCAGGACCAGCUUCAUAGGAUUUUCCUUGUGAUGGGCUAUCCGGUGGAAGCAGAAUGGACAGAUUUAAAGAAGAUGCCAAAUUACGGAAACCUUACUCAUGAUUUCAAGAAGAAAGAUUUUGCUGGUUGUAGUCUCCAACGAUACAUGGACAAGCAUCGAAUUCCUCAUACCUCCGAUGAUUUUCGGUUACUUCUUCGUCUUCUAACAAUGGACCCUACAAAGCGCGUCACUUGUCGGGAUGCCAUGGAUGAUGACUACUUUAAAAGAGAUCCAGUGCCGACUUCUGACGUCUUUCGUGGGUACGCGAUUCCGUAUCCAAAACGCGAGUUCCUGCAAGAUGGGGAUGAAGAGAAGCGAAAGGCUGAACAGCAACAACAACAGCAGCAACAGCAGCAAGCUCAGCAACAACAGAUGGUUGCCCAGGAUAUCAAUGAACCAGCCGCGAAGCGAAUGCGAAUGCCCAUUGUUCAACAGAGCCAUAUGAACAAUUAUGGUGGCCAAAACCCAAUCAUGGGAGCUCCAGAAUGCCAGCCUCCACCCGCCCAGAAUCCGAUGAUGGUCUACGGAAGGAUGGGCGCACAACAGCCUCCAAUGGGAUACGGCCAAAUGCAACCCGGCUUGCCGCGCGGCGCACCCAUGCAGCCCCCUGGAAUGAUGGACCCACAACAACAAAUGAUGAACUUGCAAAAUCCAAUGAUGAUGAAUCCGAACUACAACAUGAUGCCACCGCCACCCAACCAACACGGGCCUUGGGUCCAAUAC